UAUGGACGAUUAAUAAACAGAAAUUAGGAUGAUGUACAAGAAUUUAACUACGGAUUUACGAAACAAAUAUAGUCCUCAUUAUAAUCUUUAUUAAGUACUAUUUAUUUUUUAAAUAGAAAUAAACUUUAGAUGAAAAAAUUAAUUGUUUCAAAUAAAAUUCAUAAUAGCCUGAAUUGUAUUAUAAAUGUUUCACUACUAUUGAUGAAAGAAUGUAAUCGAACUCUGUCUAAUUGCAAUAAUCAUUCAACAAAAUUGAAAUUGAAGAUUCAGGAUGUUAAUAAAAAUGCAAAGACUCCUAUUAAUAGGAUAAUCUUAAAUAAAAUAUGUGUCUUAAGAAAUGUAUGGAAGAUUUAAGAGACAAAGCUUUCAAAUUAUAAGAUACCUUCUAUCAGGCUAUAUUAAAAAGCAAUCCUGAAUUUAAAAAGAUUAAGUGAGUC